AUGACAUUACUGUUUUUUGGCAGGAGCCUCCUGCAUCGUUUAAAAAGAUCAUUUCGUUUUUUGCCUGGUUAUCAGAACUAUAUUUUUAGUAAUGGGAAGAAGAUUGACGGGGUUUAUAAUAAUGAAAGUGGUAAAUUUAAAGGCCUGAGCAAAUUUUGCUCCAUUUUAGGCCUUGAGAAUUUUAGCCAGUUUAACUUGGUGCUGUUCACUUAUGAGGAACAUGGGAUGAGUUCUGUAGCUUUUUUUGAUGAUCACUUUGUUGAAGUACUAUUCCCUGGAACGCCAUUGUCUAUUGGUCAAAACUCAGAGAAUCCCACAGCUACUGGACGUAUUGAGAUUGUCGUGAAGCCUUAUCACAUGUACCAAUACAGCUACGGAGUGGAUGUGUCAACAGUGCAUAACUCGAUUACCGCUUUCUGGAAGAAGACAGACUACAUCAACCUCCACUCAGGAGAAAGGUCAUGGAAGGUGCAGGUCAAGUGUCGAGGUGUCAAAAACCGGCGUUCAACAAUCAACAAUGGAUGGAUCCAGCUUCGGGAGGAUUUGGGAUUGGUCGAAGGUGAUAUUGUGGUCUUAGAGUGUGCCCACUUUUGUGGUAAUCAUUUUGCUCUCCAUGUUGUCAAGAAUGAUGGUGCAUAGAGUUGGUUUAUUUGUUAUUAUGCACUGACGAUAUUUCCAAUGGGUCAUCCUCUUCUCACGUACUUAUAAUUACCAAACUGGUAGACUUUGCUGUAUUGUUAACGUUGGCCCCUUUUGUGUGCAACUGAAUAUACUCUAUUAGGGAGUAGUAAAAUUAAGGCUGGUCAUUACUUUUGGUUCAACCUUGGUUAUUUACUUUGGUUUAUGCUUUUAUUGUUUAUGUUUUU